AUGCACUUCUCGACCAUCACAGCUCUGUCGGCUGCGACACUCGUAUCGGGUGCUGCAAUCAAGAGACAAGAUGCGUCCGAGUCUGUUCCAACAACAUCUCUCUUCCCUGCACUUCCUCUUUCCAUCUUCGCCGAGACGGCCGGACACACAUUGACCCUCGAGGAAGCUCUUUCCGGACUGAACAUCACCGACAAGAUCGACGAACUUGCCGACAAGGUCGAAAACAACCUUGAGAACCUCAUCGCACCCAACCUCAGAGUUAGCGUAACCGCCGCUGCCGCAACAUGCUCCAACGUCCGCGUUCGCACAGAGUGGGACUCCGUCUCCACCGCUGAUAGGCAAAACUUUGUCGACUCUCUCAAGUGCUUGAUGAACAAAGCACCAUCCGGCCAAUUCUCAGCCUCCAAGAGCCGCUACGAAGAUUUCGUUGCUCUGCACCAGAUCCUCACGCCCAGGGUACACAGCAACUCGAAGUUCCUGCUGUGGCACAGAUACUACCUGUGGACAUUCGAACAAGUCCUCCGAACCGACUGUGGCUUCACCGCAACCCUGCCGUGGUUCGACGAGACCAAGUAUGCCGGAAAGUUUGGCCAGUCUUCAAUUUUCUCGAGCCAGUGGUUUGGUGGUAUUGGUCUCGGCGGCGCCUGUGUAACGGACGGCCAAUUCGCCAACCUCGCCAUUAACGUUGGACCUGGCUCGGGCAACCAAGCUCACUGCCUUGCCCGCAACGGCGACUCCGCAAAGACCAUUAACACUGGUCAGUCAAUGGUCGAUGCCUGCAACGCCCGCAGCACUUUCGCCGACAUGGCUGGCUGUUCUGAAGGCGGUGCUCACGCCUGGGGCCACAACGGUAUCGGUGCCGUUAUGCAGGAUGUCUACGCCUCUCCUGCAGACCCCAUCUUCUGGCUGCACCACGGCUUCAUCGACCGCAACUUCCGCAUCUGGCAGAACCAGAACUCUGGUGUCCGCACGACCACCAUUGAUGGUACGGAUGUCGAUGGCAACGCGCUGACGCUCGACACAAGCAUCAAUGUGUACAGCAUCAGGCCUGAUGUCAAGAUCAGGGAUAUCCUUGAUACUGCUGGCGAGGCGCUUUGCUACAAGUAUAACUACUAG